AGCAACAACAAGAGUUGGAGGGCGAAGUGUCAGCCGACUGAAGCAGAACUACAAACGUCUAACAAACUCCAUUAGUGUCAAUUAACGAGCCGGCAUGCCUCUCUUCGAAGGUUUAGGGGGAAUUGGGCUCAUCAACGAAAAGAACACCACGGUGGUGCUGGACAUCGGGACGGCGUACACCAAGGCUGGGUUUGCUGGAGAAUAUGGGCCACGCAUCAUCACUCGUUCAGAGGUGAAGUGCCGUGAGACAGGCAAGAAUGUUCCAUUGUUGCAGUAUAAAGAUGAGAAUGAGUUGAGACAUCACCUGGUUGACUUUAUUCACAAGUUGUAUUUUAGGUGUCUUCUUGUGAAUCCAAAAGACAGACGUGUUGUGGUGGUGGAGAACCUACUGUGUCCAACUGUUGUUCGAAACACUUUGGCCAAAGUCCUCUUUCGUCACUAUGAGGUGUUGUCUGUUUUGUUCGUCCCUUCACACUUGGUAGCCUUGAUGACACUGGGAAUCACCACAGGGCUUGUGCUUGAUCUGGGCCACAAGGAAGCCACAUUGAUGCCCAUUUAUGAGGGAGUGGUAGUGUUUCAUGCAUGGCAAGCACUUCCAUUUGGGGGCAGUCUCAUUGAAAAGUCACUUUCUGAGUUACUGUUAGAUCGAGCUGUGGCCACCACUGAGGAUGGCACAGAGCACAGGCUGUCAUCCAUCAUGCAGGACAUUCCCAAUAGAUACCUCGAAGACAUUAAAGUUCGCACCUGCUUCGUCAGCACUUUGGAACGAAGCAGCUGCUUGCAAAACAACAAGUAUGAUCGUUCCAUUGAACCACCACCACCACCACCCAGUGUGCAAUACCCCUUGGAAGGCCACCACAUACUCACUGUUCCAGGCACAGUGCGGGAGUUGGCAGCUGAGGCACUGUUUGAGCGGGACCAGGAUGUACUCACACUGGCCACCAUGGUGCUGAAUGCCUUGUUGAAGUGCCCUAUUGACACCCGACACAAACUUGCUGAGAACAUGGUGAUCAUUGGGGGCACAGCCAGCAUGAAGGGCAUGAAGCAUCGCAUCCUGGCGGAGGUGCGGGCAGCUGCUGCAUCAGAACAAUACCGCCAGAUUCUUCCUAUUCCAUCGUUCUUGCUGCACCACCCACCAGCUAAGGACAAUUAUGUUUCUUGGCUUGGAGGUGCCAUUCUGGGAGCCACAGAGGCGGUGAUGCUGCGAUCUUAUCACCGGGACCAGUACCUUGCCAGUGAUGUGGUGCCAGAUUGGUGUAAUUUGAUUUUCAACACAUGUGAAGACCGAGAUGAGAAGUUUGCCUAAGUCUGAUAUUAACCGCACACUCUAAAAUAUAUUACAUUCACCGUGGAGAGAUUGGCAGUUAUGCAAUAUCUAUUUAUUCUUAUAUCUUAUUUGUUUCUUUAACGUAUGAAUGAAUGAAUAAAACUUAAACAACUA